AUGGUUAUGAUGCAGUCACCAAAUUUAUCUGAUUCAGGAAGACCAGAAAGUCCAACAAUGUCGUCUAAUCCAGGAUCACCAAUGAACAAUAACAAUAAUUUAAACACACCAAAUCAAGAGAAAAAGUUUCAGAAAACUGAGUCACAUUCACCGUCGAAUGGAAAAAUUAUUCGCUUUGAACCAGCAGAAGAUUCUGUCAAAGAUGUAAAGCCCAAAUUUAGUGUCUUAUCGGCAAUUAACAAAGAAAAUUCUUCGAAUUCGUCAUCAAAUCGUAACAGUUUAGAUCAAAUUCUUUACCCAAAACCAAACGAGCGUGAUUCAAAUGAGCUAAGUGCGAAAUUUUCAAUUGAAAGACUGAAGCAGCUUGCUGACCAAAGACUCAGUCCAUCGAAUAUCGAAAACAGCGGUUUAUCAAGUAAUAAAAUUUAUUCCAUCGACCACAGCGCUAAAUAUCAAAACAAUUCAAGUUUAAUUGUCACAACAACGGCUGCAAGUAUUGCAUUAAAUGCGGAACUACUUCAAUCACAAAUCAAUAGCCACCAUUCAGCAUUUUCAAACCACCAUUCACAUCAUUUGAAUGUUCUUAGCCACAGCAAUCAUUUAAAUAAUUUUAAGUAUGGUUUAAUCCCGACGGUGGGUGGAAAUGUUGGUCUUACGAUGACAAACAACAACAAUAAUAAUCCGAGUGAUUUAGACAUUGAACGAAUUAAAUUAGCACGAACACUUACCAAUGGCAAGGAGCUGUCAGAUUUUGGGUUUCGUAUACAGUUGGGUGGAUUGUCAACAGGAUAUUCUCAUAGUGAUACACACAGUGACAGCGAAGAAUUGAAUGUUGAUGGUAACGAAGACAGUUCACAUGAUGGAAAUUCGACAUGUCCGGUGGAUUUAACACGCUCGAUGGAUUCAAAGCCAAGCAUUGAAAGCAGUGAAAAGGAGACACCCAAGCGAUUAGCAUUUUCUGUUGAAAACAUCCUCGAUCCAAAUAAAUUUACCGGUAAGAAGCAUUAUGGACAAGGUGUUAAUGGCCAUCGCAUGUGGAAUAACAUUGAGCGUGAUGACAAAAUGGAUGAUGAUCAAAGCGAUGACCGCUCAAUGAAAGAUCUUAAUGAAAUCGAUCCCGAAGACUUGUGCGACGAUGUCUUGGGUAGUGAUAUUGAAGGCAGUGAAACAGAUUCAAAGAUCAGCGACUCGAAAAGAAAUGGAGAUGGAAAAUCUCAAGGCAACAAUUCAAAACCUCGAAGAGCCAGAACUGCAUUCACCUACGAACAAUUAGUUUCAUUGGAAAAUAAAUUUAAGACGACACGAUAUUUAUCAGUGUGCGAGCGUUUGAACUUGGCCUUAAGUCUUAGCCUUACAGAGACACAAGUCAAAAUAUGGUUUCAAAACAGACGUACUAAAUGGAAGAAACAGAACCCAGGACUUGACGUCAAUAGUCCAACAAUUCCGCCACCUUCUUCUGGAUCAUUCGGGCCGGGUUAUGCUAGCAGUCUCCUUUAUCCACAUACCGUGCCGUAUCCACCAUAUGGACCAUACUUUCAUCCUUUGAAUGGCCACAGUCACAGCCAUCAUAUUGGCCAUUCGCAUACAUAAUAACAACUACAUCAUCACCAUCAUCACGCUCCAAUUCCAAAGAAGGAUAGAUCGACAUCGGAAAAAUAGAGAAACCUUGAUGGUGAUGAGGAUUUUUAGUAAUAAUUUUUCUAUUAGUGAUGACAAUUCUCUUUUUAUUUUGUAAAGUCGUAAAGAGUUUCUUGAACAAUGAAGGGUAUCCGUUCCAUAAAUUAAAUGGUUAGCACACAUGCUUACUUAAACUUCUAUACAUAAAAAUGUGAAAAUAUCUAUGUAAAUAAGAAUAUGAAAGAAUGAAGUCUUAGAAUAAGGAAAGAAUUUUAAAUAAAACUUAAAUUGAGCUGAACAUUAAAUGAAGA